CCGCACACGCCCAGGGUGCCGCUUGCGAACAGGGGGCGAGCAGGAGUCUCACCUGAUUCUGCGCUGCAGUUCCCAGGCUCCAGCCCAGGGCCGGUCAAUAAAACAAAGCAGAAAGUGCGUUGCGGAGCAAACCAGGGCCGGCUCGGAGCCUGGCCUGCGAGGCUGCCUUGUGCAGGGCUUUCUGGCAUGUGGCUGGCUGGGGCCAGGCACCAUCUCUCUCCCUCCCCCCCGAGCUCGGGAGAUCAGAUGCUGACUUUGGGAGUUCCUCCUAUUCCUUGUAUGGAAAGCGGCUCCCCAUAGGGCUCGCCGAGACUCAUCUGACACCUUCCCCCGCUGUGACUUUCCCCAGCUUCCCUUUUCUUCUUGCUCGUAGCAGGGAAGCAAAGGAGAAAUCUCCCAGCCUCUGCUGCUUCCCACAACUCACCCGCUCCAGCAGCCCCCACGCCCGCCGCCUCCGCCUCCUCCCUCCCCUCCCCUCCCCUCCUCCGCAAUCGGGAAUAAAUCAGAGGAGGAGAGACCCAGGCACGCCAGAGCGAGCGGAGAUCUGUUCCAAAAGUAGCCCUGAUGGCGGCGGAUCGGAUGGAGCCGGAGCUGCUGCUGGAGUAGCGGAGAGCCCCCUGGAUCCCCCGCUCCACCCACAGAUCUCAGUCGGUCUCCUCCCCACCCUCCGCUCCGCUCCCUGCUGCUGUGCCCAUCGCUCGGAGAAGGGGGGGCACUUUAAAAAAACAAAACAACCCCCCACUCAUUUAAUUUUAUCAUUUGUUCCGUCUCCGUGACUGGGGGAUCGAUCUUCGAUCAGGAAGAUGGCUGCUGGCUGGCUGCUAGUCUUCAGUCUGACACUUUUCCAGUCCCUGGUGAUGAACCUGUCCUCGGAAGGACCGUUCCCUUCUGCCUCAACAAUAAAGUCAUGGGUGGAGAAAAUGCAAGAGGAUCUUGUAACGUUGGCAAGAAGUGCAAGUGGGGUGGAUGAGCUUGCCAAGAUUUAUACGAAACACAACAAUCUGUAUACAGUGGAAGCCAACAAUGCACGUAAAUUGGUGGAAAUGGCGGCCACAGAUAUUGAAAAACUACUGAGUAAUAGAUCGAAAGCCCUGGUGAACCUUGCAACAAAAGCAGAGACAUUUCAAAAAUCGCAUCAGUGGAGGGAUGAGUUUGGGAAUAAUGAUAUCAUCUAUUACAAUGCAAAAGAUGAUCAGAACGAUUCUGAAAAGAAUGAGACUGAAACUGGAAGCCAGAGAAUCAGACCAGUGUUUGAAGAAGAUGCUGUUUUUGGGCGACAAAUAUCUUACCAGCAUGCAGCAGUCCACAUACCAACAGAUAUUUAUGAAGGCUCUACAAUAGUGUUAAAUGAACUCAACUGGACUGGAGCAUUGGAUGAAGUAUUCAAAAAGAACAGAGAUGAAGACCCAACUUUGUUGUGGCAGGUUUUUGGUAGUGCGACUGGCCUCGCCAGGUAUUAUCCAGCCUCCCCAUGGGUAGAUAAAAGCCGAACUCCAAACAAGAUAGAUCUAUAUGAUGUUCGCAGAAGACCAUGGUACAUCCAAGGAGCUGCAUCUCCAAAAGACAUGCUUAUUUUAGUUGAUGCGAGUGGGAGCGUUAGUGGACUGACACUGAAGUUGAUCCGAACCUCCGUCAUUGAGAUGCUAGAAACCUUGUCAGAUGAUGAUUUUGUGAAUGUAGUUUCAUUUAACAAUAACGCUCAGAACGUCAGUUGCUUUAAUCAUCUUGUCCAAGCUAAUGUGAGGAACAAGAAGAAGCUGAAAGAGGCAGUCUACAAAAUCUCAGCUAAAGGAAUCACUGACUACAAGAAAGGCUUUAGCUAUGCUUUUGAACAGUUGCUAAAUCACAGUGUCUCUAGAGCUAACUGCAAUAAGAUCAUUAUGUUGUUUACUGAUGGUGGUGAAGAAAGAGCACAAGAGAUUUUCCACAAAUACAACAAAGACAAAAACGUACGUGUAUUCACAUUUUCUGUUGGUCAACAUAAUUAUGACAAAGGACCCAUACAAUGGAUGGCCUGCCAAAAUAAAGGUUACUAUUAUGAAAUUCCUUCCAUUGGAGCGAUAAGAAUAAACACACAGGAAUAUUUGGACGUUCUGGGGAGACCGAUGGUUUUAGCUGGAGAUAAAGCAAAACAAGUCCAGUGGACCAAUGUGUAUUUGGAUGCACUGGAACUGGGCCUUGUCAUUACCGGGACUCUGCCUGUCUUUAAUCUAACGGAAGACCAACAAGGGAACAAGAACCAGCUGAUUCUUGGAGUUAUGGGAGUUGAUGUCUCUUUGGAGGACAUAAAAAACCUGACACCACGGUUUACACUGUGCCCAAAUGGUUACUAUUUUGCAAUUGACCCUAAUGGUUAUGUGUUACUUCAUCCAGAUCUUCAACCAAAGAACCCUAAAUCUCAGGAGCCUGUUACACUGGAUUUUCUGGAUGCUGAGCUAGAAAACGAUAUUAAAGUUGAGAUUCGGAAAAAAAUGAUAGAUGGAGAAAGUGGGGAAAGAACAUUUAAAACAUUGGUCAAGUCUCAAGAUGAGAGAUAUAUUGACAAAGGAAACAGAACGUAUACAUGGACUGCUGUGAAUGGCACAGAUUACAGUUUGGCCUUGGUAUUACCAUCCUACAGCUUUUACUACAUUAAAGCCAAAAUAGAAGAACCAAUAACUCAGGCCAGAUAUUCAGAAACUCUAAAGAUUGAUCACUUUGAUGAAGCUGGCUAUACCUUUAUAGCACCAAGAGAAUACUGUAAUGAUGUAAAAGUAUCAGACAACAACACUGAAUUUCUUUUAAAUUUCAAUGAGUUUAUUGAUCGAAAUACCCCAAACAGCCCUUCAUGUAAUGCUGAUAUGGUCAUUAGAGUUUUGCUGGAUGCAGGAUUUACAAAUGAACUAGUCCAGAACUAUUGGAGUAAGCAAUCUCUCAAUGGAGUUGUUGCACAAUUUGUGGUCACGGAUGGUGGAAUCACUAGGGUUUACCCUAAAAGGGCAGGAGAGGAUUGGACAGAAAAUCCUGAAACUUAUGAAGUCAGUUUCUAUAAACGGAGCUUGGAUAAUGACAACUAUAUCUUCACAGCUCCAUACUACAACAAAAGUGACGCCAGUAGCUAUGAAACGGGCAUUAUGGUGAGCAAGGCUGUGGAAAUAACCAUUGGUGGAAAACUUCUUAAACCCGCAGUUGUUGGAAUAAAAAUUGAUGCAAACCAAUGGAUGGAAAAUUUCACCAAAACCACAAUCAAGAGCCUGUGCAACAGUGAACUUUGUGGCUGUGAAAGAGGGAGUAUGCACCUGGAUUGUGUUGUUCUUGAUGAUGGUGGAUUUCUUUUGAUGUCGAAUCAGGAGGAAUAUACCAAACAGAUUGGACGAUUCUUUGGUGAGAUUGACCCUGACCUGAUGCGAAACCUCAUUAACAUGUCCUUAUAUGCCUUUAACAAGUCUUACGACUAUCAGUCUGUUUGUGAUCCUGAAGAAGAACCAAAGCAAGGAGCUGGUCUUCGUUCCGCAUACGUGCCUACAGUAGCGGAUAUUUUGCAUGUCGGAUGGUGGGCCUCUGCAGCUGCCUGGUCUAUCUUGCAACAGCUGUUUUUGGGCCUGACUUUUCCACGUUUCCUUGAGGCAGCGGAAGCAGAUGAUGAUGACUACACUGCUGCCCUAUCCAAACAGAGCUGCAUUACUGAGCAAACUCAGUAUUUCUUUGAAAAUGACGAUAAAUCCUUCAGUGGGAUUGUAGACUGUAUAAACUGUUCCAGACUUUAUCAUGCAGAAAAAGUUUCACACACCAAUCUAGUAUUUAUAAUUAGUGACAGCCAAAAGAUGUGCCACUCCUGUGACCCAAAGCCAUUGAUGCAAGCAGAAAAGCCGGCUGAAGGGCCAAAUCCUUGUGAAAUGGUGAAGCAACCCAGAUACAGAAAGGGGCCUGAUGUCUGCUUUGAUAAAGAUGACCGGGAUCAGCCUAUAUGCACAACGAGUCGUGCCUCUGCCAUGAUGUCCGCUCCUAUCUUCAUUUUUCUGCAACUUUUCAUAUGGUGUGGAUGGAAGAUUCGUCAGACUGUGGUGGGGUCUCUGGACUGAGCCCAUCACUCUGGUCUAUGAUAGGAAUCCAGUUUGUCCUGCUUUGGCUGUUAUCUGGCUGCAGACAUUGCCAGUUAUGACCCUGUGAAACCAAAAUCUGCAAAACUAAUCAAGACCCUGUCAAAACGUUAGCCCUCAGUUUCAUUGUCAAAGGGUCAGCAAUUCAGACAGCAGAAGAACAGCAAUGCCCAUAACUUGGUAUCAGUCUAUGUGAAAGAUUCAUAAAGGCACCCACAGUGGCUGCAUGUUGGAGUGUCAGAUCCUUAAACAUGUGUGAAUGCUGCAUCAUCUAUGCCAUCAGAACAGAAUUCUAUAUAUGCUUUAUUGAGGAAUCUAAGAUUUUUGUGUUCAUUGUUGUAUCGUUGCUGACUUCAUGUAAAAGGGCUCCCCUUAAAAUAGCUUAUGUAUGAUAUGAUUUCCAUUUAUUUUUAUCUUAGCAUUGAAUUUGUUGCAGACCCUGUAUACUUUUACAUUAACCUUCCUCUUUUAUUGUAUCAAUACCAUUACAGCUGCUUUGAACAUCAGUUGUGUCCAGAAUAUAAAAUAGUUGGCAGACUUCAGUUUGUACAAAACAGCUUAGUGAAUUGAAAAUAUUGGCUAGUCUUCUCCAGAACUUCACCAUGACUGAAAUGCCUUACAAUGAGUGGUUUAUUCUGCCAAAAUUAAUCAAAACAUGUGGCUAGCUAAGUUUUGGUAGGUUCAUAAACUGUUGGUUUUAAAAAUAAAAUAAAAAUAAAAAAAAAAA